UUUUCCCCUCUCCCUCCCUCCACCACUCCGCUCUCUCCCGCCUCCUUAUCCCGUCCCUCCUCACCAACCACACGUCCACACCUCGACCGAUUGCGCGCGCGCGCACCGCAGCCAACCAUGAUGGCCGCGCCGCCGCUCACGGCCGUCCGCGCCACCCUCCACCCCGUCGUCGCCUGCUCCGCCUCCGCCUCCAAGAACCACCCCAGGCAGCAGCAGCAGCAGCAGACGCCACAGGCGGUGCUCGUCGUGCCACCGCAGCCGCCUGCUGCUGCUUCUGCUGCUGCUCUGCGGUCGCUGAGGACGACGGCGACCGUGGCGGUGGCGGCGGCGCUGGCGCUGCCGCCGGACGCGCUGGCCGUGGGCGGCGAGUUCGGCAUCCUCGAGGGCCGGAGCGCGGCGCUGCUGCACCCGCUCGUCAUGGGCGGCCUCUUCGCCUACACGCUCUGGGCGGGCUACCUCGGCUGGCAGUGGCGCAGGGUGCGCACCAUCCAGGACGAGAUCAACGAGCUCAAGAAGCAGCUCAAGCCGGCCGCCGCCGCCACGCCCGCCGCCGUCGGCGCCGGGGACUCCUCCUCCCCGCCUCCCCCUCCCGCCGCCAAGUCGCCCGUCGAGAUCAAGAUCGACGAGCUCACAGAGGAGAGGAAGAAGCUGAUCAAGGGGUCGUUCCGGGACCGGCAUUUCAACGCCGGCUCGAUCCUGCUCGGCCUCGGCGUCCUCGAGUCCGUCGGCGGCGCGCUCAACACCUGGUUCCGCACCGGCAAGCUCUUCCCGGGGCCGCACCUCUUCGCCGGCGCGGCCAUCACCGUGCUCUGGGCGGCCGCGGCGGCGCUGGUGCCGGCGAUGCAGAAGGGCGACGACACGGCCCGGAGCCUGCACAUCGCGCUCAACGCCAUCAACGUCCUCCUCUUCAUCUGGCAGAUCCCCACCGGCCUCGAGAUCGUCGGCAAGGUCUUCGAGUUCACGACAUGGCCAUGAUCACCGUGCAAACCGACACGACUCGACGCGACACCGCCAUUCUUCUAGCUCGAUCGUCUCCUUCUUCAUUAGGUUCUUCUUGACUCCAUAGCCGAUCUUGAAUGUGUUCAUCUGCGUCGCCUUCCAUGCACAGUGUUCUUUGCUAAUUCGUCUCACUGUUCAAAUAUACUCCCUGCGUACGAGAAGAAAUGAAUGCCAUGGAAAAAGAGAUGAGA